UAAAUAUAUAUGUAACCCAUAUACAAUGCUACACAUAUGCAAAGGAUACAAUCUAAACAAUAUAACUGAAAACAUUUGAUGCGACAAAUAUUUUCAAAUUAGAUCUCACUGCCAGGCCAAUUUCAAUCAGUUAAAGUUUAUCACCAAAAAAUGACGCGCAGCUUAUCAACAACAAACAAAGCGAAUACAAUAAAAACAACAAUAAUAACAGAUUCUAGCUACAAGAUGUUCUCCCGCCAGUGCCUUUCCAGCUCCCCACGCUCUUGCUAUCCCCGCUCAUCAUCAUCUACACCUAACCACAGUCGAGUCCGGCAUUUAGCCAGUCCGACAAGUAACUGGAAUGGUAACUGGAACCUUAGCCUCUUGGCAUUGAUCAUUGCCAGCGGCUGUUUAAUGCUCAAUACGCCAGCAAUUGCGGCUUUCGACAUUGCAACGUGCAAUGUGCCUUUGGGCAUGGAAUCCGGCGCAAUUACAGAUGCUCAAAUCACAGCUAGCUCAGCCCAUGACACGGGAUUCGUUGGGCCACAACACGCAAGACUGAAAACCGAUAAUAAUGGCGGUGCCUGGUGCCCCAAGCAUAUGGUAUCGAAUGCGCUCAAGGAAUAUCUGCAGGUGGACUUGCUGCAGACGCAUGUGAUAACCGCCAUACGGACACAGGGUCGCUACGGCAAGGGUCAGGGUCAGGAGUACACCGAGGCCUAUGUGCUCGAAUACUGGCGACCGGGCUUUGACAAAUGGCAGCGCUGGAAGAACACCCAGGGCAAAGAGAUUCUGCCCGGCAACAUCAACACUUACAGCGAGGUGGAGAACGCACUGCAGCCGAUUAUCUUUGCCUCAAAGAUACGCAUAUAUCCGUAUGGUCAAUACGAUCGCACCGUUUGCCUGCGCGCCGAGAUCGUCGGUUGCCCCUGGGAAGAGGGCAUUGUUUCGUAUAGCAUACCGAAGGGCGUGCAGCGGGGCAUGGAAGUGGAUUUAUCGGACAAGACCUACGAUGGCAAUGAGCAGGGCGAUCGCUAUGUCGAUGGCUUGGGUCAAUUGGUCGACGGACAGAAAGGCAAGGAUAAUUUCCGCACGGAUAUACACGGCUUUGGCAAAGGCUACGAAUGGAUUGGCUGGAGAAAUGAUACGCCCGGUCUGUUGGGCAAACCCGUUGAAAUUGUUUUUGAAUUCGAUACGGUGCGCAAUUUCAGUGCCAUCGUUUUGCAUACAAACAAUAUGUAUACUAAGGAUGUGCAGGUUUUUGUCCAUGCUAAGGUCUUCUUUAGCAUUGGUGGACGCUACUUCUCCGGCGAGCCCGUACAGUUCUCGUAUAUGCCCGAUACCAUAAUGGAUCAUGCCCGAGAUGUUACAAUAAAGCUGCAUCAUCGUGUGGGCAAAUAUCUGAAAAUCAAUUUGUACUUUGCUGUCAAAUGGAUUAUGCUAUCCGAGAUCAGUUUUAUAUCCGUGCCCGCGAUGGGAAAUUUCACAGACGAGCAGGAGCAGCGAAAUAAUGCGCCUGGCAUUGCACAGGAUACACGCGAAUAUCCUUUGCAGAGCAACGACUAUCAGCACAAUCAUAACAAAAACAAACUGAAUGGCGGCGUCUCUGGAGGCGCCAGCAACGGUGGCGCCACCGAUGCCAACGGCAACAACAACAGCUACAACAACGGGCCGCAGUUAAUUGCGCCACGCCCCAUUGAUCAGGAACCGAACGAGGCAAACUUCAUUGGUGUUGUCAUUGUUGUUCUAACCACGAUAAUUAUCCUGCUGGUUGCCAUCAUUUUGUUCAUCGUGUCACGCACGAAGCGCGCCCGUGGCAGCAACGUACUCGAUGCAUUCCAAUACAGCUUCAAUCCAAACACUCUGGGCGGCAAUGUCGACAAGCAUCGCCCCAAUGGCAAUAGCAUUAAGGCCAGCGUCGACGACAGCGACUCCAUUGGCAAGAACAGCCUUUACCACGAGCCCUUCAAUGUGAACAUGUAUACGAGCGGCGUGAACGGCUACGCAGCGGUUAAUGAUUUACAAUGUAAUAUGACGCCAGACUAUACAGAUGUGCCCGAAGGUGGCUAUGCGGUUCCCCAUAUGCAGGACUACAUGCCGGCUUCGAAAAUGGCCAACGCCGGCGGCGGUUAUGUGAAUGUGCGACGAACGCCGCCGCCACCGCUGAGCAGCAUAUUCCCCAGGCCGCCUACGGUGCCGCCGCCGCCUAUGGAGAAAUACUACGCGACCACGGCCAUAUUUAAGCCCAUCAAGGGAGGCUCGGCGAGCGGCGGCGGCGGCAGCAGCAACACCAACACGGUGAGCAGCGGCGGCGGCAAGAGCAGCCACAGCAACCAGGACCAGCUGAAUGGUAUUUAUGAUGACGGCAUGGGCACCAUGAACUCCCAGUCCACGGCACCCAUGAUCAAUCCGUAUAGCAGUGGCAAUAGUGCUGCCGCCGCUGCCGCAGCCGCUGAAUUUCAGCGCGCCAGAACUUACAAUUUCCGCAGCUAUCCAGAUAAUCUCUAGUUCGAAGCCUCACUCAAGUUGGCAGCAGCGGCGGAGCCGACGGGCGCUGGCAGCGAUCUGGCCGCCAGCAAGCACAGCAACGCCUCCACUACAAUGCCCAAAAAGCCGCAGCAUCUGAGUCUCAGCAGCGCCAAUGGCAGCGGCAACACCCUGACCGCCAAGCCCAAAUACAGCCUCACGCUGCACAACAACAGGUACGCCACGGGCAAUGCCAAGAAUCCCACAUCGAUACGCGACAAUCAUCAGCAGCAACAGCAGAGGCAGCACCUCAAGGCGCUGCGCCUGACACGAGACGUGGUCAAUACAGAUGUGAAUAGCUGCGCUCCGGACUACAAGCGACCGGUGCUAACAGGUCUCUCGCCCGCCGACGAUGUGGGCGUUCAUCUGAGCAGAAGUGCGGCGGCUCUUAAGUUUUCCGCUGGACAAGCUGCUGCUGCUGCUGCUGUCAACAAUAGUGAAGCUUCGACUAACCAAACGACAACAAAUGCAACUAAAUUAACUGGUACUACAAUUGGAAAUGGAAAUGGAACUGGAACUGGAAACGCAACGGCAACUGCAACUGCAAUCGCAAAUCCGUUGGCGAAUGGUGUUAUGAGAACACAAAACAACAGGCUGUGGUAUCAUUGAUGAAAACCCCAUAUUAAAUGGAUUUGAGCUCUGGAACUCUACACGGACAUGCAACUAGAAAAUACAAAAUGAAAUACAAGUGUUAAGUACUCGUAAUCGUAUCGUAAAUUUUGUUAGAACCCGCCCCUCCCUUAUAUGGAGAGCACAACGCGUCGAACAAUUAAACCCACUGAGCAAACGGAAAAGAUAAAUUAGCAAAAGUCGAAUAUCUAAGCAACAAUGUAGCGUCGAAUAUAUGCCAACGAAAUGAUAAUGAUACAACUUAUAGAAUACAAUCUGUAAAUAUAUAUAUGUAUACCUAGUAUAUAUUACCAUGCGAAAAGGUAGUGGAAAAUCCAUAUGAUAGUAAAGCGAGCUGAAUUUUUAAUGAAAAGGAUAACAAAACGAAGUAAAAAACAAUAAAAAUGGGCACUAGUUUUUCAUAGAUCAAAUGCAAUCGAGCAGAACAUUAAUGAAAUAUAAAAACAAAAAAAAACGAAUUUAAGGUCUAGCAUUUAGCAACACUUAUUGUUUAAAAAACGAAACGAAAUGAAACGAAGAAAAUAUAACGAUAUAAAAAGAUGAAGUAACUAGCAUAUAAUAAUAGAGUUCAACUGAUUUUUAGUACCUUUCCGAAAGAAAACAAGAACAAAAAAAAAAACGAUAAUUGCAAAACUAACUGUAAAUGCCUGUACAACCCUAGCCCUAAACUAUAUUACCCAGCCCCACAAUGUUUAAGCCCCACUGUAAAUUUCUGUGUAUAAAUUUAGAGAGAGAGAGAGGUAUCCGUGAGAUACAUAGAUUGUUUGCUUACCGAGCAGAUGGAAAUGCCGCGUCAAAAAAAAUUAUGUAGAGACGUUGAUGAUGAUAAAAUUGUAACGGAAUUUAACGGACCAAGAGAGCGUGCAGAGCGUCGUCGCCUAAAACCAAUUAAAAUGAAGUUUUCAUCAAUGAUUUGUGAUUAAAUAUAUAUUCAACUACUUAACUUAUAACAAACGAGAAUAUUCAGUUCUUAAUGCUAAUUAUAAUUUAUGCAAACGUUUUACCCGACAACAAAUGACUCUGACUAUAAAAAUAACUAUGAAUAAAAAAAUAUAUAUAAAUAAA